CAGCAUAGGGAAUAUAAUCAAUAAUGUAAUAACUGGUGGCAGUUGGCAGCUAGGCUUGUGGUGAGCGUCGUGUAUCGUAUGGGAUUAUGGAAUCACUAUGUCACCUGAGGCUUCUGUAACAUUAUAUGUCAACUAGACUUCAAUUUAAAAAAAUUGAGAGAAGAUAAUUGCAUUCCCAAAGGGGGUAAAAGUCAUAUGGGUCUGCAUUUAAGUGCAAAUAGAUUUAUAAAAUGAAAACCACAGCGGAGCGAUAAAGGAAGAUACACUAAUGUAUAGUAAUAGCCUCUUUCUGGUUGGAAAGACUAAAGAGAGAGAUGACACGGCCCAGCAGGAGCAGAGCGGCCUGUGGGGGCAGGUGGGCGACUGCGGGGAGGCCCCCGGCGGCAGGUGCCCGCCUCGCGAGCCGGCAGGUGCAGCGGCCUGGAGCCCCGGGCGCAGCCCCCGGAAGCCCGCCCCGCAGGACAUCCGGCCGCCUGGCCCGGGGCGGGGCCUCCGGAGCGCGGAGCCUGGGGAGCUGGUUGCAGGUGUACCCAAAUCUGGAAUCCGGAGGCCGAGGAGACAUGGCCGCCUCCCGCGACGCGGAGAUCUGGAAGGACGUGCAGACCUACUACGGGCAGGUGCUGAAGAAAUCAGGGGACCUCCAGACCAGUGCCUGUGUCACUACAGCCAGGCUGGUCCCCAGGCACAUCCAGGAAGCCUUGAGGAAUGUACACGAAGAAGUAACCUUGAGGUAUUACGGCUGUGGUCUGGUCAUCCCUGAGUGUCUGGAGAACUGCUGGAUUUUGGACCUGGGCAGUGGAAGUGGCAGAGAUUGCUAUGCACUUAGUCAGCUGGUUGGUGAGACAGGACAUGUCACUGGGAUAGACAUGACAGAAAGUCAGGUAGAAGUGGCUAAGAAGUAUAUUGAAUAUCACAUGGAAAAAUAUGGCUUCCAGACCCCCAAUGUGACUUUUCUACAUGGCUACAUAGAGAAAUUGGAGGAGAUUGGAAUCAAGGAUGAGAGUUAUGAUAUAGUUAUAUCAAAUUGUGUCAUUAACCUUGUACCAGAUAAGCAAGCAGUGCUGCAGGAGGUGUACCGAGUGCUAAAGCAUGGAGGGGAGCUGUAUUUCAGUGACGUCUAUGCUAGCCUUGAAUUGCCAGAAGAAAUCAGGACACACAAAAUUUUAUGGGGUGAGUGCCUCGGUGGUGCUUUGUACUGGAAGGACCUUGCCGUCCUUGCCCAAAAAAUUGGUUUCUGCCCUCCACGUUUGGUCACUGCCAAUCUCAUUACAGUUCAAAACAAGGAAUUGGAAAGAGUGAUUGGUGACUGUCGCUUUGUUUCUGCAACAUUUCGCCUCUUCAAACUCCCUAAGACAGGGCCAGCCGAGAGAUGCCAAGUGAUUUACAAUGGAGGAAUCACAGGACAUGAGAAAGAACUAAUAUUUGAUGCAAAUUUCACAUUUAAGGAAGGUGAAAUCAUUGAAGUGGAUAAAGAAACAGCAGCUAUCUUGAAAAAUUCACGAUUUGCCCAAGAUUUUCUGAUCAGACCAAUUGGAGAGACGCUGCCAACAUGUAGUGGCUGUUCUGCUUUAGAAUCAAAGGGUAUCAUCACAGAUCCAUUCACGCUUGCAGGACAGUCUGACAGUAUGAAGUCCAGAUGUUCCCCUGAUGUUGCUGGAGGCUGCUGUGGCAUAACUUACAGCUGACUGGAAGGGGCAGAAGGCUAAGGACUUACAUAUGUCUUUUAAAUCUACUCUCUCCCAUAGCACAGACCAUAAUAAAGAAUACAUAGUGAAAAGUCA